CGUGUCAUUUGUGGAUAGCUCGUUGGUGGCGUUGCGCAGGUUCAUUUUUGUAAAAGUCUAGUUGGAGUCUUAUUAUUGAACAAAAGUUGAAUGGUUUCAUUCGAAUUGAUCAGUUGAUAUUUUAGUUAGGAUAGUUAAAUCACAGUAAAUCAUAAUGGCGAUAAAAUUCCUCGAAGUAAUUAAACCGUUUUGCAGUAUAUUACCUGAAAUAGCAAAACCGGAGAGAAAGAUUCAAUUCAGGGAAAAAGUAUUAUGGACAGCUAUUACGCUAUUUAUUUUCUUAGUAUGCUGCCAGAUCCCAUUAUUUGGUAUAAUGUCAUCGGACAGUGCAGACCCGUUCUACUGGAUCCGUGUGAUCCUGGCUUCUAACAGAGGAACACUUAUGGAACUUGGUAUCUCUCCUAUUGUCACAUCAGGUCUUAUCAUGCAACUUCUAGCGGGAGCAAAAAUCAUUGAAGUUGGUGAUACUCCAAAAGACAGAGCAUUGUUCAAUGGAGCUCAAAAAUUGUUUGGAAUGGUGAUAACAGUUGGUCAAGCCAUUGUAUAUGUAAUGACUGGCAUGUAUGGAGAGCCCAGUGAAAUUGGGGCUGGAGUGUGUCUCCUUAUCAUCAUACAGCUGUUUGUUGCUGGAUUAAUUGUUUUACUGCUUGAUGAACUGUUGCAAAAAGGAUAUGGCUUAGGUUCUGGUAUCUCUCUAUUUAUCGCCACAAAUAUUUGUGAAACAAUAGUAUGGAAAGCCUUCUCUCCUGCUACCGUCAAUACUGGUCGCGGCACAGAAUUUGAAGGUGCAGUGAUAGCGCUUUUCCAUCUUCUCGCCACAAGGCCAGACAAAGUGCGCGCUCUUCGCGAGGCCUUCUACCGCCAAAACCUGCCCAACCUCAUGAACUUGCUUGCUACUGUACUGGUCUUUGCUAUAGUUAUAUACUUCCAGGGCUUCAGAGUGGAUCUACCUAUCAAGUCGGCGCGCUACCGCGGACAGUACUCGUCUUACCCAAUCAAACUGUUCUAUACCUCCAACAUUCCCAUCAUUCUGCAAUCCGCAUUGGUCUCCAAUCUUUAUGUUAUAUCUCAGAUGUUGGCUGUCAAAUUUAGUGGAAACUUCCUUGUCAACCUCCUGGGUGUGUGGGCUGAUGUCAGUGGCGGCGGCCCUGCCCGAGCCUAUCCUGUCGGCGGUCUUUGCUAUUACUUUAGUCCGCCGGAGUCUCUCGCACACAUCGCCCACGAUCCCUUACAUGCCGUCCUCUACAUUAUCUUCAUGUUGGGCUCGUGUGCCUUCUUCUCCAAGACGUGGAUUGAUGUGUCCGGGUCUUCGGCUAAGGACGUGGCAAAACAACUGAAAGAGCAACAGAUGGUGAUGCGCGGCCAUCGUGACAACUCGAUGAUCCACGAACUGAACAGAUACAUCCCCACCGCGGCCGCCUUCGGAGGUCUCUGCAUCGGCGCUCUCUCAGUCCUCGCAGACUUCCUCGGAGCCAUCGGCUCGGGCACGGGUAUCUUACUCGCCGUCACCAUCAUCUACCAGUACUUCGAAAUAUUCGUUAAAGAACAAGCCGAAAUGGGCGGCAUGAGCACACUUCUAUUCUAAGCCUCAGUCUGAUGUCAGGCGAAGCGGCUAGAAUGUAACUGUUAGGUCUCCACGAGUGAUUGUGUCGUCGAAUUUGUUUUUCGUAUUUUUUUUUAUAUUAUCGCGAUGUUCUAGCCGUUGCGUUUGUGCGUGCGAGUGUGUGGGUUAUGUGCUAUUUAUAUGAGAUGAACUUUAUAUAAUAAAAUAAUUUACGAUA